UCUGGUUUUUACGAAUUCGAUGCUGAUGUGGUUGAAAAAGAGACUGGUUUGUCCAUACCGGUAUCAGAUUUUCAGUUUGAGUAUGUAGAGCCAGGGAUUCAGUUGAUGUCUUUUACCCUGUUUGAACCAGGCAAUUUCUUGCUUACUCUUUCUGAUAUGAAGCAGCACAAUAAGAGUAUCUCUGGUAUGCCAUAUGCGUAUACAGUAUAUAUAGGUUAUUGUGAUGGAUCAAGAAGUAUAGUAAAUGGUUCAGGGAUCAAUGCUUCUAUCGCUGGGGCGUCUCUUGGUUUCUCUAUUUACUUGAAAGAUGCUUAUGGUUAUCCCUCGUCAGUCCAAGUGGAUAGACUUCAGGUCAGAAUCCUACUCGAGGCUGAUUCCUCCUUCAUUCUGCCAACCAUACACCCAAGAGAGACCCUCAAUGGGACUGGAUCAAGUUCCCAAACUGCUACCCCCUUGUAUGAGAAACAUGGCAGAAGAGGUUCAGGUAGUCUAGCGACUCAAGCGAGUAUUUUUGACGUAACUUAUACUCCAAAAAGGAGUGGAAUCUAUAAAAUUCUUAUAUCAUCUGGAAACAUAGUCCUCCAUGGAGGCCAGCCUUUCGUCAAGGAAGUAUAUGCUGGUGAAAUUAAUGUGGCGGCGUGUAGUGUGACCCAAUUCAAUGGAAAA